CUACAGACGUCCACGACUCAUUGUGAAUGCAAUUGUCCCCGUUCCCCUCCUUCACUCAGGUAGCAGCCAUCUUUGAGUCUCUGGUUUCUUCUUCUCUCCGUGACAUCGGAUCCUUCCUCAAUCGGUCCACUAGGCUUUUGUUGCUGUUGGCAUCAUCACAAAGGCAGCCACCUCAAGAAUAAAGAUGAAAGUUAAGAAGCAGAAGCGUCAUAGGAAGACUGUUAGAUUCUUCUCUGUUUGCUUUGGGUUUAGGCAGCCCUUCAAGGUGCUGUGUGAUGGAACAUUUGUACAUCACCUCCUUGUCAAUAACAUCACACCCGCCGACACUGCUCUCUCUAAUUGCCUUGGUGCCCCCGUCAAGCUCUUCACCACCAGAUGUAUUCUUGCGGAGCUGAAAACUCUUGGUGCUUCCUAUUCUCACUCCUUCCAAGCUGCUAACAAACUGACAAUUGCAAGAUGUGAUCAUGAGAAGAGGAAGGGUGCCGAUGCCUGCAUUUUGGAUGUAAUUGGACAAAAUAAUCCUGAGCACUUUUUUGUUGCUACCCAGCAUGUUGAUCUUCGAAACAAGCUUCAGGAGGUGCCUGGUGUUCCUUUAAUAUUUGCUCUAAGAAAUGCCCUUUUCCUUGAGCCACCAUCUUCAUUUCAACAUCAGUUUGUCAAAGCUUCUGAAGAAAAACGUCUGCAUAUGACUGAAAAGGAUCAUAAGUUAUUGGAGAGGAAGACUGGGGGCCUUUUGGAAAAUGAGGAUGUAGCACAGUCUAAUGAUGUUGAAGGUUUAGAAUCUCAUGAUCCUGGAUUGCAAGCGCACAACACAAGAAAGCGUAGUACUGGAAAGAAAUUAGGCGUGAAGGACAGAGUUCAAUUCAAGAGAAAAAAAGCUAAGGGUCCAAAUCCACUUUCAUGUAAGAAGAAAAGAAGUCAUGAAAACCCAAAUCCUUCCUCCAUUAAGGAAUCUAAAGAAGGUGACAAUAUUGUGAGAAGGAACAGGAGAAGGAAGAGACCACGCAGAGAUAAAAGCAUUGCAGGGGCAGACAAGGACAGCAAAUGAUAGCUUAUUGCUAGUGCAUCAAAUUUUGCCUUGGAGAUAGGAUUUUGCUGCGACUGAGAGAUUAGUUCUUGAUUGACUUGCUUAUUGUAAGUUUAGAAUUGGAUGACUUGAGGAUUGAGUACGGAAGUUGGUAAUUUUGCAACAGUCAUGGGGGGUUUGGAACUCUGAAAUAGGGCAUGUCAAUCUCGAGUUCAACACAUCUUUCUUUUUUUCUUUUUGCAUUCUUUGGAAUUGUCAGGGACAUAAUCAUCUGUUAUUUAUUAGUGCUCUAAGUUAGAUUUGGUUUGAUAUGGGCCCUCUUUUAUUGGGAUUUCUAUUGUAAUUCUUUGAUUAUUAAUGAAUCUAGUGAAUUUUG